AUGCUAUUUGUAUUUUCUGCUAUUAAUCCUGUAUUAAUGUCUACAAAUGCAUCCUUACAGGAACGAGCAGCUGUUUCAUCUCAAGUGUUUCAGCAUGUGCGAAGUGCAGCUGUGUCAGCUGCUGCAAAUAUUAUUAAUUCACCUUCGGCAUCUGUAAGUCAAGUAAAUCUUGCACGUAUUGCAUCAACUGACAGGAUGUCUAGUGAAAAUGCUAUGAAACUAGACAUAAUUAUUGAAAAUCAAGAGGAGAUUAAGGCGAUGCUGAGAAGUCUUGUGGCUGUUAGCGGAGAUGAUGUUUUGGACGAUGUGUUUCCCCAGAAGAUGAAAAAUGAACAUGAAUUGCGACAGCUUGAAAUAAUGUUGAAGGAUCCUAGUUAUCGCAAAAAUAUGAUUAAUAAUUUUGGAAGUCUAGGUGGCCGGAAUUGUAAAGAUGCGAUUCGGCGUAUUAUGCGCACAACAGCAGCAAACCAACUUUGGUCUUUGUUUAGUUUCAAUGGCAGAAAAGGGAAACUAUCAUUUGAGAGCUGUUUACUCUGCCAAGUAGUGAUGAAAGCUUGUAAAAAGAUCAUUAAGGAUGCUAACGUGCAAAAAAUAGAGGAAGAGAUUAGGGAGGUAUUAAAGCAUGCUCCUAAUCAACCAGGAGGAGUUAACUAUGAGGCAAAAAUUGUUGCAAAUACUCCGAGUAAAGAUGUAUUGUUGCAACAAGCCGAAGAAAGUUCCGAUUCUGAAAAUACGGAAUAAUAUUAAAAUGAUUAUGUCAUUCUUUGUGCGUUUUUUUGUUGUUAUAAUUUUUUUUUAU